UUGCCACCUGUCGUCCAGCCCACUAUGGCAGCCUAUAAAGGCCUCCGCCUCGUUGGCUAGUCGACGUAUUUUAUUCCCGCCACCAUGAUGCACUGGAGACAACGCUCAUCCUCCGUUUUGGCCAUCGUCCUGGAAGUUUUGGCACUCCUAUUGCCCGAUCCUGGAACAGCCAUGACGAUGGACCAGUUCUUAUCCUCGCUAGACAUGAUUCGGAGUGGCUGUGCGCCAAAGUUUAAACUCAAUAUAGAAGACCUCGAUAGGCUUCGAGUGGGGGAUUUUAGUUUUCCGCCAUCGCAGGAUCUCAUGUGCUAUACAAAGUGUGUGUCCUUAAUGGCGGGCACCGUUAAUAAAAAGGGAGAGUUCAACGCUGCAAAGGCCCUGGCGCAGCUUCCACAUCUGGUACCAACCGAAUUUAUGGAGGCCUCCAAGAGAUCCGUUGAGGCUUGCAGGGAUGCGCAUAAAGCUUUCAAGGAAUCGUGCGAGAGGGUCUUCCAAACAGCCAAGUGCUUGGCUGAAAACGGCGAAGGGAAGUUCAUGUGGCCUUAGAACAAUUGAACACAAGUACCUUUCAGGAAAUCUUAAAAAAAAAUCAGUUGUUUGUAUAUUUAUGUUUAAAAAAUUAAAUAAAAAGAAGAAAGAAACGUA